ACACUGUAUAAAUACUGCUUUUUUCAUUAAUAUACCAUAAAAAUACAUGUUCUAUGGUACAUAUGAAUUUUCUUUUUUCUUCUUUUUUGUUUAUUGGCGGUUCACUCCUUGGGAGUAUUACCGCCAUCUACAGGGGGUGGGGGUGCUUGGGAUCCAUCAUUUCUCAUACUAAAGCUGGCACUGCGUGUUCAGCUCCUCCAUCUUUCGUUCUGAGCUCCUCAACUCUUAAAUGGACAUAAUCAUCAAAACCCUACUAAAUCCUAUGACCCAAUCCUGUGUCCUCUAAAAUUGUUGAAAAUGCCCUAUAUCUAAAGCUGUCAUGAAUUUUGGGUGAACUGUCCCUUUAAGAGCGGCCUCUGAAGGCCACGUGGUUUCUUCCUGCCGCUUCCUGUUUUGAGUUCGGAGAGCUCGAGCUCCGCAGACAAAAGCGAGUUCCCGUAAUAUUGACCACUUCUACAAUCUCUUCCCUGUCCAUCAUAACUCAUACAGCUUCAGCAGAUCAUUAAAAUCUCUGUUUUAAUCAGGAUUUCCCGAAGAGCUGGACUGAACAAUCACUUCACUGGAUGUUCUUUUAUGAUCAUCCUCAAUAGUCAGCUAAACGGACAGUUGGAGCCCCAGUUUAGGAGGUUGAGUUGGAGUCAGAAGACGCUGGGAUGUCUGCUGUGAGGACGGAAGAUGCUGCCAAUGGAACGAGCACAGCUAAUGGUGGAGGAGGAGUCAAGUGUGAAGAGGGUGGAGUCACAGUCCUCAGGCCGACAGAUCUGUCAGAAAUGCUGGCGGCGGGAACAAAAGAAGUGCACCAGAAGGCAGAAAACACAGAGUUCGUCAAAGACUUCCUGAGGGGACGCAUCCGCAAGGAGCUCUUCAAGCUGGGUCACGUGGCUCUAUACUUCACGUACUCUGCUCUAGAAGAGGAGAUUGAGAGGAAUAAAGAUCACCCUCAGUUUGCUCCGCUCUACUUCCCCCAUGAGCUGCACCGGCGGGACGCUCUGGCUCAAGACCUGCAGUUUUUCUAUGGCUCAGACUGGCAGACCCAGAUCAGCAUUUCUCCCGCCACACAGCGAUAUGUGCAGCGCAUUCAUCAGAUUGGCAAAGACGAGCCGGCGCUGCUGGUGGCCCACGCUUACACCCGAUACAUGGGUGACCUGUCGGGGGGGCAGGUGCUCCGGAAAGUAGCCCAGCGCGCCCUAAAGCUGCCCGCCAGCGGAGAUGGACUCAACUUCUACAUGUUCGAUAACGUCAGCAAUGCCAAAGCCUUCAAACAACUGUACCGGAGCCGCAUGAACGAGCUGGAGCUGCAGCAGGACACCAAACUCAAGAUCGUCGAAGAGGCCGUGCUGGCGUUCCAAUUCAAUAUAGAGAUCUUUGAAGAAAUAGGUGAGGUUGGACAGACUCUUGAGGACGAUGUUUUUGACGCUGCUCCUGUUCAUGGCGAGAUGCAGGGAGACAUCAGUCAGUGUCCGUAUCAUGCUGCUAAAAUGGCUGCCAGUGGUGGGUCAUCUUAUGUUUGUCAAAUAGCCAAGACUGUGCUUAAAAAUCCCUCCGGUCAAGUCCUAUUGGCUGCCUGGAUCGCUGCUCUCGCCGGAUUGGCUGCUUGGUACCUCAUGUGACCUCCUUGUGACCAAAUAGGAGAAGAACGGGGUCAGAAAAUACACAGGAACAAACUUCUGUUCUGCUUAAAAUUCCAACACAUUUCCCUCGUAGUACAAAUUGCGUGCCCCCUUUAUUUUUGGGUAAAUGUGAUUGAAUAUAAUGCAACAGAGAGUGUUUAAAUGCAGGAUAGCGUAGUUUAGUUUCUUGUGGGAGUUUUAUGAAUUGGACCUGUCAGUGUUGAUGAAGUAAAGAUGGACAUGUAGUGUACUUAAUUAAUAGUUUUACCACAGCAUCGGCAGUCUUUUGGGUCCAAACAUACUCUACACAAGUACACAAACUCAAGCAUCAUUACAUGUUAUGGCAACUAUGUCUUCUAUUUUCUAUUGUCAGUAUAAAGGGUGCUACAGUAGGUGUUACUGCCAAUUUUAGUAUUAUACAGCCAAUUUCUUUGCCUUGUAAAGGAGAAGGGUUGCCAGAUAUCAAUUUAAAUUAUUUCGUACUGAUAGCAGUGAAAUUACGCUUUUCUUAGUACAAAAGCAGGACUCAAAACCCAUACUAUUUAAAUAUUAAUGAAGUUGAGCAACAUCAAAACAGUUAAAAGUUCAUCUAAGACUUAUUUAUUCAUUUAUUUUUCAUCAGGUUUAACGCAUGGAUAAAAAAACUCAGCUACGUCAAUUAAAAUUGUUUAGAAAAAGAAAGAGGGAGAGCAUAAAUCACAUUUGAGUUGUGAAAUCUUGACCAUAAUAUAAGGGAAAUUAAAAAAAAAAAAAAGUAGUGUUGAGUACGGUUAUAGUACAAAAACAUCAUUUUGUCGUAAUCGAUAAACUGUAGUCAACAUUUGAAGUGGAUCAAACAUGUUAAAGUUGUCCUCAAACUAUUGAACAACACCAAUGCUUGUUUUGGGACAAUUAAAAAAAGAGAGAGAUCCACAAUCCUACUGUAUACAUAUGUGGUCUUAUAAGACAAGACAAAUUUCCAUUGAUUAUUUGAAACUGCUUUACUCAUGUAGCAUAAAGUUUUGUGAAGUUUUUAUGAAGAGAGCGCAAAUGCACAGCUUUUUUUACUUCAGAAAACCUCGUACCGUGUUUUGAAAUAAUUUUUAGUACCGACUUUUAGUACCAUUUCUUUUGACAACACUAAAGGGAGAGUCUUUGAGAUUUGGCAUCCACACAGUAGACAUGCAGUCGACUCUUUUAUUGGUGUUUGAAAAGAUUCGAGCUCCUCUACCCCCUCCUCUUUAGUGAAAUCAACCAAUCAAAUGUAUUUUCGUACAUUACGUCUGGAAUUGGUCGAAAUGGGAUCAGAUUGAUAAAACUGCAUUCCAAGCUUGUGUUCACACUUUGGUCUGAAUUCAAAUCAAUUUUAUUGUGAUUACUCCCUUAGCAUCCAUCGUUCCUUUCUUCAAAAUGUAAACAUACAGACUUUGCGCACCAAACAAGUAGGAAAAUGGUGUCAGUCUGCCUCCAGAUGAACCGUAACGCAGUUUGAUGGACGUAUAAAUGUCAAGACAUCAAAACAAACCAUGUCCUGUACAUGAUGUCAAAUGUUUUGACCCCAAAACGCCAGAAUGCUCAAUUAUGCUUGUUUUUUCUUCUUUCAACAUUCCAAACUAAACAUUCCAGAAUAUGUCACCCUCCGAAGGGUGUGAAAACAAUCAUGGCCGCCAAAUUGAUAUGUCCUUCCAAAUCAAAGUGCUUUAAAGCUGGCUACUUUGAUUUCAUCUUAUGGACACUUUGGGUCUCCAUGAUGGUUUGCUAGGGAAGUUGAUUGA